AUGUCUUCCAACAAGAUCUGGCUGCGUGCCGAGACCAAGCCCGCCGAGGCUCGGUCUGCCUUGACACCGACUACCUGCAAGGCUCUUAUGGAUGCUGGAUAUGAAGUGACUGUUGAGCGCUCUACCCAACGGAUUUUUGAUGGUAAGAGUGACUUCCUAUAUCACAAUCACAAUGACAUUGGCGCACCGCUGGUGGAGGAAGGCUCCUGGGUGAAGGAUGCCCCUAAGGAUGCCUACAUUCUGGGUCUCAAGGAGCUCCCUGAGGAUGAUUUCCCCCUUGAACACGUUCACAUCUCCUUUGCCCACUGCUACAAGCAGCAGGGUGGCUGGGAGCAGGUACUCAGCCGUUGGCCUCGGGGAGGUGGUACUCUCUUGGAUCUUGAAUUCCUUACCGAUGAUGUUGGUCGGAGAGUCGCUGCUUUCGGUUGGACUGCUGGUUAUGCAGGUUCCGCUUUGGCAGUCAAGAACUGGGCUUGGCAGUUGACGCACCCUGAGGGCGAGCCUUUGCCCGGAGAGGUCCCGUACAUUAACCAAGAUGCCCUGAUCGAAUCGGUCAAGAAGUCCCUCGAGGAUGGUAAGAAGCAGUCUGGCCGCUCUCCCAAGAUUCUUGUCAUUGGCGCCCUCGGCCGUUGUGGUAGUGGUGCUGUGCAGCUCGCCAAGGACGUGGGUAUUCCCGACUCCGACAUCGUUCGGUGGGAUAUUGAGGAAACCAAGAAGGGCGGUCCUUUCAGGGAAAUCGUCGAGGAUGUCGAUAUUCUCGUCAAUUGCAUUUACCUCAGCGCACAGAUCCCACCCUUCGUCACUCCAGAGACCCUCACUUCACCGAAACGCCGUUUGUCGGUCAUCUGCGAUGUGAGCGCUGAUACUACCAACCCCCACAACCCUCUCCCUGUGUAUUCUAUCACUACUACCUUUGAUAAGCCUACUGUUCCCGUCACAUUGGCAGGUGGAAACCAGGUCGCUGGCCUGAGUGUGAUCAGCAUCGAUCACCUUCCGUCUCUUCUGCCCCGCGAGAGCUCGGAGAUGUUCAGCCAAGCCUUGCUCCCCAGCUUGCUCCAGCUGAAGGACCGGCAAAACGCCCGCGUCUGGAAGCAGGCUGAGGAUCUUUUCAAUGAAAAGGUUGCUACGCUGCCCGAAAACAUCCGAGAAUACCAAGGAAAACAGAGAAGCAGCCCUGCUACCGCCCAUCCAACGAGAAGUCAUCCAUUGCGGCUACCGCGUCGAACAGGUGCGAUGCAGGAAAAAUCGAGCACUGUCGCCGCUUACGCGGCCGGAGCAUCUCUUGCGGCUAUUGCUCUAUUCUACGUCUUCGGCCCCAACUACACUAUCGAUGGAGACGAGUCACAGGACAGUUCCCGCAAGAAAAACAUUGUUGGCUUGUCCAACCCCGCCAAUGACUGCUUCAUCAACUCGGUGCUGCAGGCUCUUGCAGGGCUCGGUGAUCUGCGUGUCUACCUGAUCAGAGAGCUCCACAAGCGUGAACUAGACGGUUCUGAUAUAUAUAAUGAACUUCCUCCACCGGCUGAUAUGCCUCGGGAUGCGAAGCCGGACAGGAUAAGGGAAUUGCAACAGGGGAGUAUUACCAGAGCUCUCAAGGAGAUGCUCGACCGACUGAACGAACGUCCGAUCUACAAGAAAACCAUCUCCGCGCGACCCUUCAUCCAGUCUCUUGAGUACGCCUAUCGGACGCGGAUCAGCCGUAGCCAGCAAGAUGCGCAGGAGUUCUUGCAGAUUGUCGCAGAAAGACUUUGCGAUGAGUACCAUGCCGGCGUGAAAGCACGACUACGAGCGAAGGCCAUACCAGAGUUGUCGUCAGGCCCGGAGGCGGUAGAAUCAGGCGAUGAAUCUUCUCCCAAAGUCCCUGCGGAAGUUGAGGUGCGGAUUGAUGACGGAUCUGAGAACGGCUUACCCGCUAUUAUCGACAAUAAACUCAAAGAAAUCGACCAUGAGUACGGCUUCCCUUUCGAAGGAAAGCUCGAGUCCCAGAUCGAGUGCCUGUUUUGCCACUAUCAAUACCAGCCUAAUCAGACCUCCUUUGUAAAUCUGACCUUGCAAGUGCCUCAAAAGAGCUCUACCACGCUUAGCGCCUGCUUUGACGGUUUACUCAAAACUGAAUACAUUGAAGACUUCAAAUGCGACAAAUGUCGGUUGCAGCAUGCUCUUGAGUUCAAGACGCAGGAAUUGCACCGGACCCGCUCCAAAGAUGACCGAGCUAGGUUUGAGGCAGAAAUCGAGCGAAUCAAGACGGCCCUCGCUACAAACCCAGAAGGUCCUUUAGAGGGUGUAAUCUUGCCACCUUCUGACCUCGCCCCUAAACGAAAGAUUGCGAGACAUAUGCGGAUAACGGCCUUUCCCAAAAUCAUUGCCAUUCAUCUUUCGCGAUCGAUCUUUGACCACAGCAGCUCUACCAAGAAUGCAGCCAAAGUAUCUUUUCCGGAGCGGCUGCCGCUCGGUGGUAUCCUGAGCCGAGAAUGGUACAGGCUGCUGGCAAUUGUCUGUCAUAAAGGCAGCCACCAUAGUGGACAUUACGAGUCAUUCCGACGCAAUCAUCUUUAUCCACCCUUCUCAACGCCAGACGUAUUCAGCUCGUACGCUCAGAGUCGGGCAACUAGCGAAAACCCAUCCGAAGCGCCUAGCCCUCAGCUAAAGGCUCGCAACUCGUUGGAGAGCGAACCGGCGCCCCUCAGCAUCUCGACAUCGAUAGGGUCACCGACCAGUCCCUCUCAACUGCAACCGCCCCCGUCACCGACUCCGCGACCGACAUCGAGCCCACGGGUUUCUUUCCAGAGCACUCGUUCGAAGUCGUCAGCAUCGAAGCAAAACCUAUCGCCUGUGUCAGACCCGCAUAGCUCAUCCUCCACAGAGGGUGGGCGCUGGAGCAAGUCAUUUUCGCGCGCGUCGUUCACCAGCGAUCGCAGUACGCCAGCAACUUCGGUUGAAGCUUCAGGCUCCAGCAGUCGGCUCCGUCGACGCCGUAAGCAGAACGAUCGAUGGUGGCGUGUCUCGGACGAGAAAGUCAAAGAAUGCAAGACUUCCGAUGUUUUGGGGAUGCAGCGAGAGGUCUACCUCUUGUUCUAUGAGAUUGAGAAGCCCACGCCUGGCGCGUAA